AUGGAUCUCUCUGCACAACUUACUCACAACGUCUUGGUGGAAAGACAACGAUACACCUUCUUUUUCAAUAUUGAGUAUGAAAAUAUUCCAAAAUACUGCCCUCAUUGCAACAUGAUUGGUCACUCCUUGGAGUUGGAGGCUUGCAAGAGGCUUAAUGCAAAGCUAGUGGAGAAAGGUCCCAAAGAAAACACUAAGAAGGUGUUUGUUAAAGUUAGGGGUGCUAAUAAGAACAUAGAAAAAGAGAAAGAAAAAAUCAGAGAGAAUGACGACAUAGAGGAUGUAGGCAACAAGGGAAAGGUUACUAGUUCUCAACCUGAAACUAGUGGGGUGCAGAAGUUUCAUACUUUGCAGAACAAAAUCGAGGCCCUCCUUGAGGUCGAUGUAGAGCCUGAUGACUAUAACAUUGAGGUAGCAGAUGUGCUUGAAGAAUCAGAUGAUAGUUCCAUUGGAAAUGAAUUUGUAGAUGUUACACGAUUGAUUGAUGAGGAAGUUGACACAAUAGAAAAUUCCCCAAUUCCCUCAACAAUGGGCAACAAAAAAUUCCUCUAG